CAAGUUUGAAUACCAAAAAUUCCAACAUCACAUUUCCUAAAAGAAAUGCUAAAUUUAGCCAAAUCAUUUUCUUCCGCUGAUUGAGCUCAAUUUCUGUCUAAGGUAUACAAUCUUGCUUCCCUUGAAUUCCUUCGCCACCCCACAUUUCUUUUGCAGCCCACAAAAUGAGAUUCUUCGCAACAAAUAUCGUUCCCUUCCGAAAAUCCAUAUUUGAUCGUAUGAGUUAGGUUUUCUUUGGAUUUUGGCGAUGGAUUAUGGGGGGAGGCAUUUUUGGGGGGUGUUUUUUAUUUUGUUGUUGAAUGAGGUGGUGAAGGGGAAUGUGGUGUUUGAAGUUCACCACAAGUUUGGUGGGCGUCAUAAGGGAGAGGCGCCAAUUGGGAUGCUGAAGGCCCAUGAUUCCAAGCGCCAUGGCAGGGUUCUUGCAGGUCUUGAUUUUCAGUUGGGUGGUGAUGGAUCCCCCACAAGCGCGGCGCUCUAUUACACCAAACUUACUAUCGGUACUCCUCCGGUUGACUAUCAUGUCCAGGUUGAUACAGGAAGUGAUGUUCUAUGGGUGAAUUGCCUCAACUGUGAAAAGUGUCCCAGAAAAACCGAUCUUCAUAUACGCUUGAUGCAAUACGAUAUGAAGGCAUCCACCACUGGACAGGUCGUCACUUGCGAUCAAGAGUUUUGCGGUACAGUAUUUAGUAGUCCAAAUCCAAAUUGCAAGGUUGGAGCGAACUGCGACUUUUCUAUUACUUAUGGCGAUGGGAGCAAAACUGAGGGUUACUUUGUCAGAGAUAACUUCAGACUUAACCAAGUAACUGGCAAUGGUCAAACCUCAGCAAUGAAUGGCUCCGUUGCAUUUGGGUGCUCAGCUAAACAAUCUGGAGACUUAGGGUCAUCUUCUCAGGCUGUUGAUGGGAUUGUAGGUUUUGGACAAGCAAAUACAUCCAUUCUUUCACAGCUUUCUUUGACUGGAAAGGUGAAAAAGAUCUUUUCACAUUGCUUGGAGGGUAAGGAGGGAGGUGGCAUAUUUGCUAUCGGAGAGGUCGUGCAGCCAAAAGUUGCUACAUCGCCACUACUUCCAAAUCAGCCUCAUUAUAAUGUUAUUCUGAAAGGAGUUCAGGUGGGUGAUAAAUUUUUAGACCUCCCAGCAGGUUCAUCUGGCGUAGAUCCUCCUAAGAGGGCCAUAAUUGAUAGUGGUACGACCCUGGCCUAUCUUCCAGCCGGCGUGUAUGAGCAGCUUAUGAAUAAGAUGAUGGAGUUGCAACCAGACAUGCAAAUUCAUAUGGUUGAGGAGGAGUUUAAAUGUUUCUGGUAUACUGCCAAUAUCGAUGAAGGAUUCCCAGUUAUAACUUUUCAAUUUGAAAACUCACUUUCACUGCCAGUUUAUCCCCACAACUACCUGUUCGAAGUUCGUGAUACGGAAUACUGCAUCGGAUGGCAGGUCAGUGGAAUGCAGUCAAAGGAUGGGCAGGAAUUGACUCUUUUAGGAGAUAUUGCCUUAUCCGACAAGCUUGUUGUGUACGAUCUUGAAAAUCAGACCAUCGGAUGGGCACAAUAUAACUGUUCAUCGAGCAUCAAAGUGAGAGACGAAGAGACCGGGAAUGCCUACGAUGUCAUGGCCCACGACAUAUCUUUCGAUUCCACCAAGUUGAGAGCUAAUGUUAUAUCUACCCUUGUGUUCGUAGCCAUUGUUCUCGGCUUGAUCGUAUGAGCUCUAGAACAAGGAGCAACCGCGUAUUCCCGUGUCGUGUUCGUGUUCGUAUCGUAUAAGGUGAAUAAUAGUGUAAGAAAUGGUGGAAAUGGAGUAUUUGUUUGAAACAUAUGUAGAUUUUGAUGGUAUAGAAAUUACACAAGCAAUGUAAAGUGAAAUGACAACAGUUUCUUUCAUUUGUUUAUUCAAGUCAAUUGAAAUCGAGUUGCCACAA